GAUUCCAAUGUUACACAAAGCUUAGAAACCUAAUCUAAAAAGUUCCCAUCUUUGUCGGGUUCUCUUUCCAUUUCGAUUUCUAUUUCCACAUAAUGCUCGAUGCUCAUCCAUUUCCCCUCACAUGUAAUGUUCACUCACAUGCCGUUUCCCCCAUAUCCUCCAUUUCCCAGUUCUCUCUCACCUUUUUAUAUUUUUUAUACUAUUUUCCAAUUACCCAACACCCCAUUGCUUGAUUUCAUAACCAGCCUUUUGUGUUUUGAAAGUGGGAAUUACUAGAAAUAUACAAUCUUUCAAACACCCAAAGUGGAAAAAAAAUGGCUUCGGUGAAUCUGGGUUCUUGGGUUCAAUCAUACUCCAUUUUCAAACAAGCUUCUAGAUCCAAAUCUUUUCUUUUACCCAGAUCCCUUCCGUUCAAUUCCCUUGUGAUUCUGUCAUCUUCAAUCCCAAAAGCUCACGGCUUUACAUCUCUUCCUUCAAUUUCAGCGGUCUUUACCGAAGGAGACACUGUCAAGGAAGAAGAGCAGCACCCUCAAAACCCAAGCUUUGAUUUCAAAUCUUACAUGAUUCAAAAGGCCACUACGAUAAACCAGGCUCUGGACUCGGCUGUUCCACUCCGUGACCCUAUUAAAAUCCAUGAAGCAAUGCGGUACUCACUAUUAGCAGGCGGGAAAAGGGUCCGUCCGGUGCUUUGUUUAGCUGCUUGUGAGCUUGUUGGCAGCCAGGAAUCUAAGGCUUUGCCAGCAGCUUGUGCAGUUGAAAUGAUUCACACCAUGUCUCUAAUCCACGAUGAUCUUCCUUGCAUGGACAACGAUGAUCUUCGUAGAGGAAAACCAACUAAUCACAAGGUUUUCGGUGAGGAUAUCGCUGUCUUAGCCGGGGAUGCUCUUCUGGCUUUUGCUUUUGAACAUGUAGCCGUUUCUACAGUUGGUGUUUCGCAUGGUAGGAUUGUGAGGGCAAUUGGAGAAUUAGCUAAAUCCAUUGGGGCUGAAGGGUUAGUGGCUGGGCAAGUUGUGGAUAUAAGCAGUGAGGGACUAACAGAUGUGGGGUUGGAUCAUUUAGAAUUCAUUCAUGUUCACAAGACUGCUGCUUUGCUUGAAGCUUCUGUGGUUUUGGGGGCUAUUCUUGGAGGUGGAUGUGAUGAAGAUGUGGAGAGGUUGAGGAAAUUCGCAAGGUAUAUUGGGCUUUUGUUUCAGGUUGUGGAUGAUAUUCUUGAUGUGACAAAGUCAUCUAAGGAAUUAGGCAAAACUGCAGGCAAAGAUUUGUUGGCUGAUAAAGUGACUUAUCCCAAGUUGAUUGGAAUAGACAAGUCAAGGGAGUUUGCAGAGAAGUUGAGGAGUGAUUCAUUGGAGUUGCUUCAAGGAUUUGAUCCUGAGAAAGCUGCUCCUUUGGUUGCUUUGGCUAACUACAUAGCUUACAGGAAAAACUAACUUUUUUGCUUUUUGUUGUUGUAUAAUUCUUAUUCUUGUUGGUUUAUAUGAGGUUGAAUUGUCUAGAACAUUUCUCUAGACAAGAAAUGCCUUGAUUUGAUGCUUCUUGUUAUGCUUGAUCCUAUAGGCUUAGAGAAAGAACCAGGUGAACAGUUUCAAUGUUGGAAAUAUACUUUUACAAGGAUGAUAAUUAUAGAAAUUUGUUUCUCUGUGCUGUUAUAUCAUAUGAAAUUCCCCUUAAAUUGGGAUUUGAUUGUUAGUUCUUC